AUGCCAACCGGACUGCAAGGGCAGAGCGUCUCUUCGGGAAGCUCCGAAAUCAAAUCUGACGACGAGGGAGACGAAAACCUCCAGGACACAAAGUCUUCUGAGGACAAGAAACUAGAGGAUGACAAGAAGGAUAUCAAAUCAAUUACUAGGUCAAGAUCUAGCAAUAACGAUGACGAAGACCUGACACCGGAGCAGAAGGCCGAGAGGGAAAAGGAAAGGAGAAUGGCCAACAACGCUCGGGAGCGCCUUCGCGUCCGCGACAUCAACGAGGCUUUCAAGGAGUUGGGCCGGAUGGUGCAGCUCCAUCUGAAGAGCGACAAGCCCCAGACCAAGCUCCUGAUUUUACACCAGGCUGUGGCUGUCAUCCUCAGCUUAGAGCAGCAAGUCAGAGAAAGAAAUCUGAAUCCUAAAGCAGCGUGUCUGAAAAGAAGGGAAGAAGAGAAAGUCUCUUCAGAUCCUCCUCCGCUUUCCCUGGCAGGACCCCACCCCGGGAUGGGAGAUGCCUCCAAUCACAUGGGACAGAUGUCCAAGUUGCCACAUUUCUUCAUUUAA